UCCUUUAGGCACCAUUGCAAAUAACAAAUAUGAUUUUCCCUUUAUGCUUGUUUGUCUCCUUCAUCUUCAUCCACGCUACAGUGCCUGUGAGAGCCCGUGAAGAGAAGCUGUCUUUUGCUGCCUUGGGAGUCCAGCAAGAAAUGGGAGUCUGAUGGAUUGUAAAUACAUCUGCUUUGUUUAAAAGCCAGCCAAACAGAUAAGUGCACUUUAAAUUUUCUAGCAGUAGCAUGUUAGACGUAUCUGUGCACAAAGCAUCUCUCCAUUUUCAUUUCAAUUCCGUGAACCUUCUGUGUUUUACCAUUGCUGACGAACGUUCUGCGAUUCCCCUUUCGGCUGAGAAACAGCAGAUGAUGGGUAUUUCAUGCGAGUUAAUUAGCAACUGAGGGGAAAUGCUAUUGACAGCUCAGGAGGCUCCCUGGGGUCUCCCUCUGCCCCUCCAGAGUCACUGUCUCCAGCAGCCCUGCGAUGCUUUGGGACUCCAGCUAGCAAUAAGGGAUCGGGUCUGAGAUAUUGGACUGAGCUGAUGUGACCCGUCAGAGCCUGAGCAGUCCACUACGACUUGUUAGAGGUUUAACAAGCCAGCCUGGCUCAUUUGAUUGGGAAGAUGCUUGUGGCAGCUUGGCGAGGUUUCAGAGAAACCAGCUAGCAUUGCUGAAAGGAUGGAGAAAGGAUAAACUCUACUUCUUCCUGCUGGUAUCUAGGAAGGGAAAAUAACCAGGGAUGUAGAAGACUGAGUUUAGAUGGGGCAUACGAAGUGGUAUCGUGGGUGAAUCAUAACAGGAAGCGUUCUGUCAAAGCUAAGGGGACACUUGUAUCUUUGGAUGGUAAAUACAGGUUAUUGAGAAAAUAACUUUUGGAUUCUUAGAUGUGCUUCCUUAGGUGACCAUUACCUGCUCUUGAACACACCACUACAAUUAUUAAAUAAUUUAAGGGAUCCUGAAAAUAGGGGUCUCAUGUAACUUCACAAUAGUAUAUAAUCAAGGGAUUGGGGCAAAUAUUUAUUAUACCUACAAUUUACAGAACUGGAAUAAUGAAAAAAAUGCUGAAUUUGAACUGCAAAUCCAUUUUUAUGAGUAUUACUCACAAAAAUUUAAGUGAUGUUUUAUGAAAUAGAGAAAAGUGACAAUCAUUUGCUUUCAAGCACAGCAUGUGGCUAUUGGAGGGAGAUGUGUGGCUGGAAGAGGGUAGGACCCAAAUUAAUGAAUCCAGACCAAUCUUGUUUGCUCUAAUAGGGCUGAUGAGAAGUGUAAAAUGUCUAUAUCCUUGCUGUUAGAAUAAGUAUAAGCAGGUUUGUUGCAGCAAAAUUAGACUGUAUUAACUGGUGUGAAUUUGUUUUACAUACCUAAGCAGGAGAGCUUCUUGGUAAAGGUACCAGGCUAGAACUGAGGGCAACCUGAGUCCACUUCUCGGUCACAGAUUUCUGUGACCUUAAGCAUGGACUCUAACCUCAGUCUCUUGGUUUUUUUCUGUCUGUAAAUGGAGCUCAUAAUACUGCCCUUCCUUGCAGGGAAGGGGCAUUGAGUCAUGUGGAGAAUGAGAGUCAAGAUUAUGAGGUAGAAGAUUACUGCAGCAUGAGAGAACUAGGUCCAGCUCAAUUUAUGGGAUCCCUAGAGUGCCUGAAGUUCCCUCUUCUCUGAGACAAGCUCUUUACUCACGCUGUUGUUAUUGAGAAAGGGUUUGUAAUAAUGGAAGAAACUUCUCUGGUAUCAAGGACUGCCCUUUGCAGGAUAAAUAAUAUUUAUUCUUGGCUCUUCAAUCCCCUGAUGGCAAAAGGGCCUGAGAAUAUACUAAAAAACACUGAUAAAGUUAAGCCCUAGUGAUAAAAGUGUAAUCAGAGUAUGUCCAUUCACUAAGAAUGGAUAGGAAAUAAGAGCAGCUCAGAUCAUUCGUGCACCCCAAUUAACAGAGCUCUUUGCUUCUUGGGGAGGAAGGAAAAAAAAAAAGAGAGAGAGAGUAGUUUUGAAGUCAGAGAUCCGCAAGGUCUUGAUUCUUAGGUUUGCAGCUUGAAAUCUUGGAGGAUGUUUCCUGCUAGAGUGCUAGUAUCAAUGUUCACCCAAGUUAGAGCUCCUUCAAUUAACUGUAACCUGGUCAGUUCCAGUCUAGGCUGCAAACUUAUCUUUGGGCGUUAAAGUUGCACUUGGAAAUCAUGUCCUGAAGUCUGGCAUGGAACUUGUAAUGCUCUGUACUCCUUGCCGGAAGAGGGAGAAGAAGGUAGCAGUCACUCUCAGGAACUGUGCCAAUGGGAGAGAUCAUGCCCUGUGUUUAAAUGCAACUGUAUUUUGUUUGCUCUACGUAUCCAGUGGCUGAGCAGAACAGAUUCAACAGAUCUUGACAGGUUGCUGUGAAAAAUCGUAUCCAGAAAAAAAAAAAAAAGACUCCCAGUCCCUAACUCUUUCCUGCUAUUACAGGUGAGCCUUGCGGACACUUUGAAGACCUUAACUUCUGAAUGUGUGAGCUUCCCCUGGGAUUAGAGGAGCCAUGGGGAAAGACCAGAAAGAGGAGGAGGCUGUAUUUCUGAGGAAAAAGAUUACUUUGCUGAGGGCUUUCUCGCUUCUUAUCGGCAGCAUGGUUGGAAGUGGCAUCUUCAUCUCCCCUAAAGGAGUACUGAAAAACUCUGGCAGUGUGGGUUUCUCCCUGAUUGUCUGGUUUGCAUGUGGGCUUCUCUCCAUGUUUGGUGCCUUGAGUUAUGCAGAGCUUGGAACAAGAAUCACCAAGUCUGGAGGACAUUAUAUCUAUAUACUGGAGACACUAGGGCCUCUGCCAAGUUUCUUAUUUCUGUGGGCAGAGUUUUUUGCUAUUAGGCCUGCCAACAGUGCUGUGGUGUCUUUGGCAUUCGGACGUUACAUGUUGGAGCCUUUUUUCGCCCCUUGUGCAGCCCCUCUCCCUGCUGUGAAGCUUGUGUCUCUCCUGGGAUACUACACGGUCCUCACCCUUAAUUCCUGGAGUGUCACCUGGAGUGCCUGGGUGCAGACGGCUCUCUCCUUCAUCAAACUCCUGGCUCUUGCGCUCAUCAUCAUGCCAGGGAUGAUGCUUCUGGCCCAAGGCCACACGGAAAACUUCCAGGAUGCCUUUGACAGACAGUCACUGGUUUUGGAUAAGCUGCCCUUGGCUUUUUAUGCAGGGAUGUUUGCAUAUUCAGGCUGGUUUCAGACUAGCUUUGUGCGUGAAGAAUUGAUCAGACCUGAAAGAAAUAUCCCACUGGCUGUGAUAGUGUCCGUGAUCACUGUAGUUGUGGGGUAUAUGCUCACCAACAUUUCCUAUUACACGGUCCUAGGGACACAAGAUGUUCUGGCUUCUCCAGCUGUUGCUGUGAGUUUUGUGCAGCGAGCCUUCAAAAGUCUUAUCUCAGUGGUCCCUGUCCUUGUUGCGCUGUCCUGCUUUGGAACAAUGAACGGAGGAAUCUUUACAUUUUCAAGGACUCUGUUUGUGGCUUCAAGAGAAGGACAGUGGCCUCCUCUCUUCUCUAUGAUCCAUAUUCGAAGGCAUACACCUCUUCCUGCUGUCAUGUUAAUGUUCCCUUUGGUUACUGCCAUGGUGUGUAUCGGAGAUAUCUACCAUUUAAUGAACUUCUUCAGCUUUUCCCGAUGGCUCUUCAUAGGAUUAGCCACCCUUGGGCUCAUCGUCCAUCGCUACCGCCACCCGGAGCUGCACAGCCCAUUCAAGGUUCCCCUGUUCAUUCCUGUCUCUUUCACCAUCAUCUGCCUCUUCACAGUGGGAAUGUCUUUCUACUCAGACCCUGUAAACAUUAGUAUUGGAUGCACCAUAGUUUUAAGUGGUUUUCCGGUCUACUACCUCACAGUCCACAGGCAUACGUCGGAUCGUUGCCGUAGCCUGUUUUAUUAUCUCACACACAAACUGCAGAUACUACUGGAAGUAGUCCAACAAGAAAUUAAGACUUACUGAGGAAACCAUCACAGAAGAUAAGCAUCACAGAAGAUAAAAUCUACUUACCCCAUUUCUGAUACCUUUGAUCCUACCAAAGGCAGGUCAUGCUCUUAGUCUUUUAAUCACUGCAAAUGAAGAUGAUCCUGAACCAAAACCUUGCUGCAAGUGUUGUUAAGCUUGCCACUUGGGAUCUGGAGGAGUGUGCCACAUCUGCUUUUAUGUCCCUUUUUUUUUUUUUUUUUUUUUUAAGUGAAUCCAUCUAGUUCCCUGAAAUAACCUUUCUCUCCCUGCAGAGUAUAUUUAAAAACAAGAUCCUAACUUUGCAGCUUAGCCCAGUCCUCAGUGAAAGGUAUAUUUUUUUUUUAAAUUUUCAGACCUGGUAAAUAGAGGAAGAGAGCCUGUUGCAGAAUUCAAGGAGGUCAAAUACAGGAAAAUCAGAUGCAGGUUUCAAGCAGAAACAUUGUAGUAGUCAUUCGAGAUGGUGCUGUGGACAAGCAUUAUAAAGGGAAGUGAGCAUGAGGAGAGAAAAUUAUAAAUAAGGUAAAUUAUUUGGAAAGGAGGAGUGCAGGGAAUAAAAUUUCAUUUACCAGAAAAUGCAGAUUCAGGCUAAUGAAAAAAAUAUCUGGAAAUCAUUUGGAAUUCAAAUCAUUAAUAAAGUAAGAUUAGAAUGUUUUACUUUGAUCAUUGUGUCAACAAAGUAGGUUUAUUUUCAUUUGAAAAAUAGUUUCGUGUUGUUCUGAAAUGACAUUUCAAAAUGUACCAACACUUAUUUAAAAAUUAAAAACAAGCGGCUAAACCCCUGCAAGAACGUGACAAAAUAGGUUCUUCCCUUCUUCCCCAGCCAAACUGUGAUACCACCAGUGAAACUGAAAUCUUAGGUUUUAGUCCAGCUCCAGUGACAUACAGUUUUCUUUUAAUUAGGCAAAAUCUUCCGAGAAAUUUGGGCAUUGGACUUCCUUAAUAAGUGCACCUUUCGUGUGGUAAGAAGGCAUGAAAGACCUCAUGCAUGAGCUUUAACUUUAAAUCUGUGGGCAAAUGAUUUCCUGAAUGAGUGUGUAGAUGCUCAUUUGAACUAUUGACAAAAGAAAGGUUUCUGUUUUUGAAUGACUUUGACUUACAUUAUUAAUGUUGCAAAGUUAUGUCAAGAUACAGUAAUUAGCUAUUUACAAUCACUUACAUGUUAAUCUUCUUUCUAAAAGACCAGAACUAGUAUAUUGAAACUUGUCUAGCAGCCUUUGGAGAAAGGAAGAGCAGACUAUGAAGCAUUUUAAAUAUUUUGUAUCAAGCAUUUAGGUACUUGGAGUAAAACCAGAGUAGCAUUUAUAAAACCACUGUAAUCUACCUAAACUUGUGAACUGCACUGUUAAGAUUUGGA